AUGCGGUCUGCUUUGGACGUGUUACUCACCGCAGCGCAAGUGGUAGCCACCGGCUUUAUAGUUUGGAGGGCCCUCUCGCUUUGGGCUGGUGCACCUUGCCCAGUGAUAAUACUCACUAUCGAGUCUAUAGUUCCCGCAUGCUUCCCAGGAGACAUUCUAUCCAAUUCCAAUCACAAUCGAAACUUUGAAAUAGGCGACUUGCCUGUCUGUUGGCUACCUGAUAGCGCGUUCCCGAUAAUUCAUAGGGUGCUUCGAGUGUUGUACGAAGAGCAAAGAAAUCUAUAUAUUGCACUGAUAAUAGAUAAUAAGUUAGAUAACUAUAUGACGCCCUCGUUUCAUGUAGAAAAUCUAUUUUGA